AUGUCACAAGAUCAAGACGUGGCUACCUCGGUCAAGAACCUGUCUCUCAAGACAUCGGAUGACCCAGCCCAGGCUUCUACAAAGCCCGCGGCCAAAAAGAAAAAGGCAAACAAGGUCGUUGCAGACUCAUGGGAGGAUUCCGAUUCUGACUCUGAGCCCGAAGCCGAGGCCGAGCCCACACCCAAGGUUACGCCUGCACCCCCUCCUCCAACGCCUAUGUCGCCUGUCGGUGAUUUAUCCUGGAACUCCAUGUCAAGUAGCCCUGGCCCUCGAGCUGCAGCUGAUCCGGAUAAGCGACCAGAGAAGACUGAUGCUGUGGCUCGUCGUAUGAUCGCUGCUGGACUGGGCCUCAAGGCACCCAAGCAGACGGAGGAACAGAGGGCUUACCAGAAGAGCGUGCGGGAGCAGGAAAAGAAGAAGAGAGAGCAGGAACGAGAGGAGGAAAAGAGGCGACAGGCUGAGACUGAGAAGGCGAAGGCAGCUGUUUGGGAUGAUUAA